CGCAUAAGUGCUGCGGUUUAAAAGUCGAGUGAGGAUACUGUAACAGUGGGAGUUCUCAACGACGAUUUUCACUACUGGUGUUUCUUCAGAAAUGGCUUUUAUUACUAAGCUCACGAUACCUCUGCUGCUGGUAGCCUGUGCGAUGAGAGGAUACGAGUGCAUUCUCGAAGGUGUGGAGUUUACGUGCAACGUAGACGAGUUCCGAUGUGAUAACAAACAACGUUGCAUUUUGUAUUCACAGCGAUGUGAUGGGGUAACACAGUGUAAAGAUCAUGAAGAUGAGGAAAACUGCCCAGAGAGGUUGAUGGAUUUGUUGGAGGAGAUGCUUGCCGAACGUCUGGAAAACCCCGACGACAUGCCCCAGCUUUCGCGCUCGGCAGGGCAAGGCAUACCAAUCAUUAGGAGUUCUAGGGGAAAGAAUGUUCUUGUUGACAUUAUAGUACGCGAAGAAGAUGAAAAAAAUAGACCAAAAGGAAGUCUCCUGGAUGAAUAGCAGGAAGACUGUGCAAAGAAAGUAAGGCCGUAUCUGAAUUGGCGGCUACAGCUAUACGGCUACGACUAUUGCUAAUAGUUGCUUGGUAUACGCCAAUGCAUGAUGAUGCGGAAAUCUAGCCGUAGCCAUAACUGUAGUCGCUAAUUGGGACACGACCUUUAAAGGCAGUGGACACUAUUGGUAAUUACUC